AUGGAGUCCAUCCGCCUUCCGACGCUGCACCAGCGAUCGCUCUUCGUGGCUGCGACAUUGAUUGCAUGUUGCUUCAUAUUCCAAGUGAUAUACAGUUCUCAUGCGUUGGAGAACCUCCAUGUGCCCAGCGUGCGGCGCGAGGCGGCAUUUGUCCGCGCCAUCGUGGUGCAUCUGCCCAGAGAUCGAGAUGACGACGCCGUCGACGAAUUCAGGUGGCUACAUGCGAGUUGGAAAGACAUGGUUCAACACCAGCCGUCCACGUGGCGUACGGACCUGGUUGUGGUUCCCGACGGAACAGCUCUUGCCGGGGGCGAUGGGAUUCUCCCGUCCGACUUGAAGUGCACUGCAUCAUCACGCGUCAAUCGGCUGGACCCGAACCAAUGCUUCGUCCUUCCAUCUACUCCUUCCGCAACGGACGUGGCAUUCACAGUCGACUUCGACGCUGUACACUCCUUCCAAGCCAUGACAACGGCCGACCUCUCCGUGUACGACUGGGUUCUCAUCACACACCCAAACGCGAUCAUCGGUCCAGCAUUCGCAGGCUGGAAGCCAACCGUCUUAACUGUUGGCAGCGGUCUCAGUGACGCUCCCUUUUCCAACUCUGUGCUGCACGCCAUGAAAUCCAUUGGCCAGGACCUUGGACUGACCUCAUUUGAGCCAACCAAACACACGUUUGGGUUGUCUUGGUAUGGACCUACGUCCGACGUUCAAGAGUGCGGCAAACUCAUGCUCGAGUUGCUCGAUCAUUUGCACCAACACCUCGAACGUGGCGCCCUGAACGAAGCGAGUGAUUGGCACCGUGCGUUGCCGGAGGUGGCUGCGUCGAUGGCAUUACCUGAAUGCACCCAGUUCAACGUGGCUUUCCAGCCGUCGAUGCUGGACGUGCCAGUGCUGCUGUUGGACGCCGUGUCUAGGCAUGCCGUGCUCCUUCCGUCGCCAAUGUUCACCACAUUGCCAUCGCGCGGUCGUCAGCCCCUGCCGUGA